ACCGGCUCGCACUCGCCACAAGCCACUCAGUGCGCGCGCCGCUCGACGCCUCCACGCCUCGCCUCGCUCGCUCAACCUCGCCGCCUGCCGCCUCGCCGCACGCUGAGGCAAACGCACGAGUGCGAGCUCCCGAUAACCCUUUCCAAUUACUCAAGUUUCCAACUGCAGUUCCCAAAAUUAAACCCACAACCCCCAAUACAACCACGGUCCGCGAACAAAUAAAACAUCCCCAUAAGUGCCAGUUUUCGUAACUUAACAACUUUCCGAGUGCAUCGCGAGUGAAGUUAUUUUUUGACGGUACUGGAGAUACAUUGCGAUCUGAAUACUAAGGUGUUGCGCACGAGUAGCGCUGUGCGAGGGUGUGAUGGUGUGCGCGCGGCGCGGCGGGCGGGCGCGCGAGUAGCCGCGACCAUGCGCGGGCCGCGCGCGCCCGCCGCCGCCUGCUUGCUCGCGCUCGCCGCCGCGCUCACACACCACGCCGUGCUAGCUACCACUGCCCUCAAAGGCGAGCGCGCCCCGUGCACCAACGAAGGCGAGCAGUACAGCCUGCAGGACGCGCGCCUCGAGCACGACUGGAGCAGUUGCUUCACCUGCAUUUGUAAGAACGGUUUCGUGGAAUGUCGCAACGGCGUUGAGGAGUGCGGGCUGAUGCUGGAAGACUGUGCCGUGGUGCUGCCUCGCGAGGGUUGCUGCGCGCGCUGCAAGGGCUGCUGGUACAACGGCACGGAGCAUGCGUCGCACUCGGAGUGGUCGGACGACGGCCGACUCCUGCGCUGCGAAGCUGGUGUCGUCACCAUCUCGCGGCCCGAGUGCUACGCCCCUUGCCCACACCCGAAACACCAGCGGCAUACGCACUACAACUGUCCUGUUUGUGACGAAUGCGUGAUCAACGGGCAGCGCGUGUGGGAGGGACGCGACGUGCGCAUCCCCGAGGAGCCGUGCUUGUCCUGUAGAUGCGUGCGCGGCGCGUUGUCCUGCGCCAAGCGGGCUUGUCCCGUUUUGCCGUGUCCCAUCAACCAACAGGCCACGCCGCCCGGGGAAUGUUGUCCCCGGUGCACUCACCCCACUUCCGAUAAGAUCCUACCGCUUUCAGGCAUAAUGAUGUCGAAGCCGUGUAUAAUCGGUAAGGACUACCACGCGCACGGAAGCCCGUUCCGAGUAGACCCGUGCACUGACUGCACGUGCCUGAAUGGGACAGCCGUGUGCACGCGGCACACGUGCCCCGUGCUGACGUGCGGUGCGCGUGCGCUGCCGCCCGCACCCGGCAAGUGCUGUCCCGAGUGCCCGCAAGUCGAGGAGGCGAAGGCUGCUUGCGUCAUCGGAGGGAAAACUUAUCAGGACGGAGAAGCAUGGCAGUUGGAUGCUUGCAAGUCAUGUGAAUGCCACGGUGGCGAACCCCGUUGUGCCAUGGAACGAUGCCCGAUACUAUCCUGCCCUCCUGACCAAACACUCCGCCAGCUGGCCGGCCAGUGCUGUCCGAAGUGCGUGGACAUCGACGGAAUCUGCACGGUCUUCGGAGACCCGCACUACAAAACAUUCGACGGCAAAUUCUACAGUUUCCAAGGCUCAUGCAAAUAUCAGCUAGUGUCGGAUUGUGAAAACAACACAUUUUCAAUUAGAAUAUCGAAUGAUGCGAGGAACACCACGCAUUCUUCGUGGACACGGACGGCGACGUUGCGCAUUGGUCCGACAAAGAUUAACAUGGGAAAGAAGAUGCGCAUCAAGGUGAAUAGUCAGAGAGUGAUGCUUCCUCACAAGAUAAGUGGCAUAGCUGAGAUUACUCGUAGUAAUGGAUCUGUAUUAUUGAAGGCUGAUAUAGGCGUGCAAAUGUUAUGGGACGGUGACGGUUUUUUGGAAGUGACAGUGUCGAGUGUUUAUAAAGGUAAAUUGUGCGGCCUAUGUGGCAAUUUCAAUUCAGUGGCCAGAGACGAUAUGAAAUCUCGUGACGGUAGACAAUUGAACGAUCCGUGGAGGUUCGGGUCGUCGUGGCGAGUGGGAGGGAAGCGCGCGUGCACACGCCGACAGGAGCGGCCGGGCAUGGCCUCUCGCUGUCGCCAGUCGAAGAUGGUAAAGGCGCGCCGGUUGUGUCGAGGGUUCGAGAGGAAUGAAGCGUUCGCUAGAUGCGGAGCUAUGAUGAAUCCACAGAAUUAUCGGGAAGCGUGUUUGUUGGAUGCCUGCAGUUGUAUGGGUACUCGGUGUCACUGCGCAGCGUACCGAGCGUACGCGCGAGAGUGCACACGCCUGGGCGUGGAGCCGCAGGAGUGGGCGCGAAGCACGUGGUGCGAGGGCCCUCCGCCGCCGUGGUUGCGCGGGCGCCGGCCAAAGCAUCACUCCGCGGAGCACGAAGGCGCGGUGCUGAGCUUCCGAGAUAUCCCGAAGCCUAACGGCAGCCGCGCUCGGCCGCCGCCGCCGAUUCUGCAUUGAAAAUUAUGCGGCAUCACUUCUACUAGUCAAACCUGCCAGUGUGGCAAUGUGAGAGUAUUAUAUGAGACCGUGGACAGCUCGGACAGGCCUCUGAGAGGCGUCACCAGCUUUACAAGGAACGAAGAUCUGUCUGCAUAAACAGUAUUCAAGUACUACUUAUACAUAGUUAGGUAACGAUUCAUAAUAAUAUAUACCUUUAUAUAAUUAAAACCAUCCGCAAAACUCACUAUUGCCUCGCGAAUGUCAACCAGCAGUACUUCUAGCUUUAUCUUACUAAUAUGAAUUAUAAAUGUAUACUUAUUUAUUCCAUAAAUGUAUAAUCGAAUACUUACAUUAUGUAAACUAUUCCAGUAAAGGUUUACUCUUCCAUUCCCGAUCUGUGGCUGGUUGUUUCGGGUAAGGCAUAUUGUUAAUGCUGUGGUAGGAUAUAAAGUUAAUUUAUUACAUCCUUUAUGCUAAACUUUUCUAUAAAAUGUGAUAAUUAGCUUUGAAUAACUUCAGGCAGGAGAAGGAUGUUCGGUAAAACAUAGUUCAAAUUGAGAUCUCAUCCGUAGGUAGUACGAAAUGUUAGAUUCUAGCUAUCCGAAGCCAAGAAGCUAAUGAAAUCGAGGUGAUGUGUAUUGUACAUAAACAUGAAAUGCUUGUAAUAGAUACUGUAGCUAGGUACGCGGUUUUAUUUGAAGACAAAUGUAAAGCUUAGUUGUUAAAUAAGUUACCAAUGAUUUUUAAUAUUGACUUUUUAACGGGGCUCUCGGUCUGUAAGGAGCAUGUUGUCAUACUUAUAAUUGUAUAAGCUUCACGUCUUGUGAGUAUCAAGUGCCAUUAAAACCUUCGUAAACAAUAACGACGAACUCUCUUGUGUGCUUCGAGUCAAUUUCCAGUGAUAAACGUGUACGUUUAUGCGUAAAUCUUUUAUAAUACUUAUAUACAAAUUAAUGCGAGGAACUAUAUGACCGAAGCACACACAUUCCUACAGUCAGCUACGGAAUUAUGUGUACAAUCAUGUAUUGUUAAUCACUAUGAUGUUUAUUCCCGUUGCCAAUACUGUCUGGUUUUAAAAAUAUACUUCAAAUAGUGUAAUUAUAAUCAGUCACUGACUGGUCUUUCCCUUCUUUAACAUUUUCUCUCUAUGACUCUGCUUCUGUGGGCGCUUCUAUAUAUUUCAUUUCGAAAUAAUAUGUGAAGUCCUGUAGAAGUAGCCUUAUUUUUUACUUACUAUUGCUUUUCUCGAAAAAGCUUUAAUAUACAUAAAUCGUUUUAUCUGAAUAUAAUUUAUUCAUUUUCCUGUUAAAUCUUACUACUUACUUUGUAUUAUUAAGCAGAGUCUACGUUUUAAGUAGGCUUCUUAAGUUAUUGAAUAUGUUUUAUAUACUUAAAUAAAUAUAAUUGCGAUUAUUUUGUGGCUACCAUAAACCAUGUCUUUUAGCAGAUACCGUACGGAGCAAAAGGGAAUUUUAUCACUUCUUUUUCUUUUAAUUUUUUCAACGUAUUAUUUUUUUAAUUUGUUUGUGAUCUUUGUUGUCUACAAAAGUUAUCAAACGAAUAACUAUAAGGCACUUUUCUUAUUUCAAUCUUUUUGCUUUUAAUUUUCUUUUUUGCGGUAUCUGCCGAUGUAAAUUGCCAUAUAAAAAAUAUUAUUUAUUUUUAUGUAAGGGCCUUUGUUGUAUUACCGAUAUUGGAUAACAAUAUAAAAUAAUAAUAAAAUAUAAAAUUGAAAUUCCGCUUUACGCUGUUAUUUAGGCCCGACAUUCGAAUAUAUUGUUGCGACGCUGAAUAUUGUGAACAUGCGCAAAUAUUGAACGAACAAAGAAUUACUUAAUAAUAAAUAUUAAAUUGAAUAUUAUGACA